UGGAUGACAACAUUAGGCCGCGACGCGCUCCUGGCUGGGCGGCGGUGAUAGCGGCAGCCGGAGCGUCUGUAGCGUUAGCUUUGGUCGUGGCAGUAGGUGCCGCCGGUAGCGGGCCGACGGAGGCGAGGAGGGGCCCGCUCUGGCCCGGGGACUGCAGGGCCGGAGUUCCCGCCGCGCUGGUCCGCUGAGCCCCGCGGCAGCUGCACGGCGCCCUCGGGCUCCUGCUGCCCGGAGAGAAGUUGGGGUCCGGCGGGACGCGUGGAGGGCCCGGCUCCCGGCGCCGCCCGCAUCCCCGAGGAGCCGACUCCCAGCGCAGCGCCUCUCGGGGGCUACACACCAGGUUUCCAGACAUACAGGAUGGCUAAACACUAAUGGGAAGAGAGGCAUAAAGAAAUCUAUCUUCUUCCAUUAUGGAGGCAGGUUUAACAGAUGGAGAACCUGACCAAACUUUGCUUCUUGGUGAUAGCAAAGAUAUCCUUGGGCCAGCAACUGCUGUAGCAAACAGUGACGAAUCUCAGCUUCUGCUGACACCAGGAAAGAUGAGUCAGCGCCAAGGCAAAGAAGCUUCUCCGACACCAACUAAAGAUUUGCAUCCACCAUCUCUCAGUCCAGCAAGUCCUCACAGCCAGGGUUUUGAAAGGGGGAGGGAAGAUAUUUCUCAAAACAGAGAUGAGUCUUCACUUUCUAUGUCAAAGAGCAAGUCUGAAUCUAAACUUUAUAAUGGCUCAGAAAAAGACAGUUCAGCAUCAAGUAAGCUCACAAAAAAAGAAUCUCUUAAGGUGCAAAAGAAAAAUUACCGAGAAGAAAAGAAAAGAGCCACGAAGGAGUUGCUCAGUACAAUCACAGAUCCUUCUGUUAUUGUUAUGGCAGAUUGGUUGAAGAUUCGUGGUACUCUAAAGAGCUGGACCAAGUUGUGGUGUGUGUUGAAACCUGGGGUAUUACUGAUCUAUAAAACCCAAAAGAAUGGCCAGUGGGUUGGAACUGUUCUGCUGAAUGCCUGUGAAAUCAUUGAGCGACCAUCAAAAAAGGAUGGCUUUUGUUUCAAACUUUUCCAUCCUCUGGAGCAGUCUAUUUGGGCAGUGAAGGGCCCAAAAGGUGAAGCAGUUGGAUCUAUAACUCAGCCCUUACCCAGCAGUUACUUGAUCAUUCGAGCUACUUCAGAAUCAGAUGGAAGGUGCUGGAUGGAUGCUUUGGAAUUGGCUUUGAAAUGUUCUAGUCUUCUCAAACGUACAAUGAUCAGGGAAGGAAAAGAACAUGACCUGAGCAUCUCAUCAGAUAACACUCAUGUGACUUUGUAUGGCUUAUUACGUGCUAACAAUCUCCACAGUGGCGACAACUUCCAGUUAAACGACAGUGAAAUUGAACGACAGCAUUUUAAGGACCAAGAUAUGUAUUCUGAUAAAUCUGAUAAAGAAAAUGAUCAAGAACAUGAUGAAUCAGAUAAUGAGGUGAUGGGGAAAAGUGAAGAAAGUGAUAGUGAUACAUCGGAAAGGCAGGAUGACUCAUACAUCGAACCCGAGCCUGUCGAGCCUUUGAAGGGUACCACGUACACUGAACAGAGCCACGAGGAGCUAGGAGAGGCAGGUGAGGCUUCUCAAACAGAAACUGUGUCUGAAGAAAACAAAAGCCUUAUCUGGACAUUGCUGAAACAAGUCCGUCCAGGAAUGGACUUGUCCAGGGUUGUUCUGCCUACAUUUAUUUUGGAACCUCGUUCUUUUCUGGAUAAACUUUCAGAUUACUACUAUCAUGCAGACUUCCUAUCUGAGGCUGCUCUUGAAGAAAAUCCUUAUUUCCGUUUGAAGAAAGUAGUUAAGUGGUAUUUGUCUGGAUUCUAUAAAAAGCCAAAGGGACUGAAGAAACCUUAUAACCCCAUACUUGGUGAGACUUUCCGUUGUUUAUGGAUUCAUCCCAGAACAAACAGCAAGACAUUUUAUAUUGCUGAACAGGUGUCUCAUCAUCCACCAAUAUCUGCCUUUUAUGUUAGUAACCGAAAAGACGGAUUUUGCCUUAGUGGUAGCAUCCUGGCCAAGUCCAAGUUUUAUGGAAACUCAUUAUCUGCAAUACUAGAAGGAGAAGCACGGUUAACAUUCUUGAAUAGAGGCGAAGACUAUGUAAUGACGAUGCCAUAUGCUCAUUGUAAAGGAAUUCUUUAUGGCACAAUGACACUGGAGCUUGGUGGAAUAGUCAAUAUUACAUGUCAAAAAACUGGAUACAGUGCAAUACUUGAAUUUAAACUAAAGCCAUUUUUAGGGAGUAGUGAUUGUGUUAAUCAAAUAUCAGGGAAACUUAAAUUGGGAAAAGAAGUCCUAGCUACUUUGGAAGGCCAUUGGGAUAGUGAAGUUUUUAUUAAUGACAAAAAGACCGAUAACUCAGAGGUUUUCUGGAACCCAACACCUGACAUUAAGCAAUGGAGGUUAAUAAGGCACACUGUCAAAUUUGAAGAGCAAGAUGAUUUUGAGUCAGAGAAACUCUGGCAACGAGUAACUCGAGCCAUAAAUGCCAAAGACCAAACUGAAGCUACUCAAGAGAAAUACGUUUUAGAAGAAGCUCAAAGACAAGCUGCCAGAGAUCGGAAAACAAAAAACGAGGAGUGGGCUUGCAAGUUAUUUGAAUCAGACCCACUCACAGGAGAAUGGCAUUACAAAUUUUCAGAUACUCGACCAUGGGACCCACUUAAUGAUAUGAUACAGUUUGAAAAAGAUGGUGUUAUCCAGACCAAAGUUAAACAUCGCACUCCAAUGGUUAGUGUCCCCAAAAUAAAACAUAAGCCACCAAGGCAACAGAAGAAAGUGGCAAAAGGCUAUUCGUCCCCAGAACCUGAUAUCCAGGACUCAUCUGGAAGUGAAGCUCAAUCUAUAAAGCCAAAUACACGAAGAAAGAAAGGGAUAGAAUUGGGAGACAUUCAGAGUUCCAUUGAAUCUAUAAAACAAACACAGGAAGAAAUUAAAAGGAAUAUUAUGGCUCUUCGAAAUCAUUUGGUUUCAAGCACACCUGCAACAGAUUAUUUUCUGCAGCAAAAAGACUACUUCAUCAUUUUUCUCCUGAUUUUACUUCAAGUGACAAUAAACUUCAUGUUCAAGUAGAAGUUCUCCACAGUUAGGUCAAUGAACUAGAAAGAUCAAAUUUGGCCUGGGACCAGUGUUCAAGCUGGUUUGGUCCUGUUAAAAUAUCACAAUAUUUCUAAAACAAGAAAUUAAGGAAUAAAUGUAGUGGUGUCUACCUUUCAUAUCUUUUAUCUUUAACCUGAAACAAGAGCUAUCCAAUCUUGUUAAAGUGAGCUACGUGUGAAGUGCCAGGACAUUUUUAGCUUUUGUGAGAAUGUGUCUACAUGUGAGUAUAGUAAAUCCACGUGUAUACACAGUGUCUCUAACGUACUCUUACCUGAUAGUAGUCUUUGUAUUCUAUAGUAUGUUCUAGGAUAGAAUGUUAGCAUUGUU